AUGGAGAAGGCUGCUGAAAUAAAUUACACGGAAAUCGCAAGACGAUGUGAGGAAUUUCAAAACGGACUUCCUCGCGUUGAUAAGGAGCUUCAGCUAUGUGGCCAAACAUUGAACGAGACCGUACCGAACGCCCAAGAAAUGAUCGACGAUUUGUCGAGAGCAUAUUGUAACACGAAGGACGAGCUCCAGUCGGCGAUCAUCUACAUGGGCCAUGGUCUCCCCCGAAACGAAGAGCCCCUUCCGGUCCGUCAUUUCUUCCAAAGCAUCUCAAGAAUUGUCCUACGAUUGAAGGAACAGAUCGAGUCCAACCCAUUGUCAAUUCUAAUUCAA